UUACAGGGAAUAGACAAACCACUUAACACUGGCAGGGGGUGCUUACAAUUAUUAUACAACAUUUAUGUAGCGCCAACAGAUUACACAGCCCUUUACAACAUGAGACAGUACAGUUACCAAGGGCGGACUGACCAUUCAGGCACUGCCCGAGGGCCCGGGGUCAUUAGGGGGCUCCAUGGGAUGCCCCUGGUACCUUUCAUAGGCUUUUUUUGGUGUGGGCGAGGACACAGGGGCCCCAUGAUCCCCUAUUGCCCUGGGGCCCCAUGAGUUGUCAGUCC